AAUAUUACCGGCAAACGAGUUGAGACAGCUUUGAGAUAAAAAUAGAUACAGAGAGUGUGUGUAAACACGAUGGGAGGGGUGACAGCAGCGAUAAUAGCAAUCGCAGGAAUAGUAUUGGGCUGGAUUACAAUCGAGAUUGCUUGUAAGCCAUGUCUCGAACAGGGCCGUGAAGCCAUUGAUCGAAGUCUUAACCCUGAUUAUGAUCCUGAUGAUGAUGAUAGAAUUCGUGCUCCUCUUAACCCACCUGCCAAGAUCGUUGUUGAUGAUGAUGUUGGUGUUGCCACUUCUCAUCCGGCAUGAUUUUUCGAUUUGUUAGCCCCCAUGUUCUUCGAUUUUUGGCUUCAAGUUGCUGGCAGUUUCUGGUUGUUGGUUUCAAAUUUUGAAGUCAUUCCGUAAUCCUCAACCUUCAUGUACUUGGCUCUGAUAGUAACGGUACACCCUAUGUACCGUAAAUUGUGAUAGUAUACUUUUCGUCUGGCUA